UAGUCAGCCAUUUUGGUCAACACCCUGCUUACUGCGCACAAGCGAUCCCAUUAGCGGUCCGGAGAGAGGCUGAGCCGAGCGGCGACGGCAGCGGCUCAUCUCAACGGCCCGGCAGUCUCCCUCCCGGCUCCGGGGAGAAAAUAGAUGUGCGGUUCCGCUGCCUCUCGGGCGUUUCGGUCACCGGCGAAGGAAGGGGCUUUUUUUUCUCUAACUCAUGCGGAGGCCACAUUUCUGAAGCCCUAGGUGGCAGCCGGCUGAGAUUCGUUGCCUCUGGCUCCGCUGAAGAAAAGAGGCAGCGAGAGGGGAGAGAAAGGAAGAGGGAGCUGGGAGAAGACAAGCAUCCUUUAUCCUCUGAGCUCGUGAGAUGAUUUUAGGAGCGAAGAUAGAGUAGCGCUGUGGGUCUUGAGCCUAGCUGUUCUUAAAUAGCAAGGGAUUUUUGAUUUUUUUUAAUUCAGUUAUUUAUUUGGGUUUUCAUCUGAAAGAUCGCCUUUCUGGAGCUCGGGGGUGCUUUUCUUUUUUGGUGUGGUAUUUAUUUUUGUGUGUGUGUGUGUGUGGUGUGUUGUGGUCCCAGCUGAGUCAUCAUGUCUGCCCUGACUCCUCCAAGCGAUACACCAACCCCCACCACAGACAAAAUCACCCAGGCGGCCAUGGAGACCAUCUACCUUUGCAAGUUCCGAGUGUCCAUGGACGGAGAGUGGCUUUGCCUGCGUGAGCUAGACGACAUCUCCCUGACACCCGACCCGGAACCGACCCACGAAGACUCUUGGGAGGAUUUGACAGAUUUGGUGGAGCAAAUGCGUGAUGAAGAUCCUAAUUAUCUCAUGGCCAAUGAGCGCAUGAACUUGAUGAACAUGGCCAAGCUGAGCAUCAAGGGGCUGAUCGAGUCAGCCCUGAACCUGGGUCGAACACUGGAUUCCGACUAUGCACCUCUCCAGCAGUUCUUCGUGGUGAUGGAGCACUGCCUGAAACAUGGCUUGAAAGCCAAGAAGACUUUUCUGGGACAAAAUAAGUCCUUCUGGGGGCCGCUGGAACUGGUGGAGAAGCUCGUGCCCGAAGCGGGGGAGAUAACAGCCAGUGUCAAAGACCUCCCGGGGCUUAAGACGCCGGUGGGCAGAGGAAGAGCGUGGCUUCGCCUGGCCCUGAUGCAGAAGAAGCUCUCUGAAUACAUGAAAGCCCUGAUCAACAAAAAGGAACUUCUCAGUGAAUUCUAUGAACCCAAUGCGCUGAUGAUGGAGGAGGAAGGAGCCAUCAUUGCCGGUCUGUUAGUAGGGUUGAAUGUCAUCGAUGCUAAUUUCUGCAUGAAAGGGGAAGACUUGGAUUCCCAGGUCGGAGUGAUAGAUUUCUCUAUGUAUCUCAAGGAUGGAAACAGCAGUAAAGGCAGCGAAGGAGAUGGUCAAAUUACCGCCAUCUUGGACCAGAAGAAUUAUGUGGAAGAACUCAACAGACACUUGAACGCCACGGUGAACAACCUGCAGGCCAAAGUGGACGCCCUGGAGAAGUCCAACACGAAGCUGACAGAAGAGCUCGCCGUGGCCAACAACCGGAUCAUAACUCUGCAGGAAGAAAUGGAGCGCGUCAAAGAGGAAAGUUCCUACAUAUUGGAGUCCAGCCGCAAGGUCACUAAGCAAGAGAGAACUGCCGACGGACACGCGCUGAUUGAAGCGAGAAAGCACUUGAAGGAAGAGACCCAGUUACGGCUGGAUGUGGAGAAGGAGCUGGAGGCCCAGAUCGGUAUGAGGCAAGAGAUGGAACUGGCCAUGAAGAUGCUCGAGAAAGACGUGAACGACAAACAGGACGCCCUGGUGGCCCUCCGCCAGCAGCUGGACGACCUCCGGGCCCUGAAGCACGAGCUGGCCUUCAAGCUGCAGAGUUCAGACCUGGGAGUAAAACAGAAGAGCGAACUAAACAGCCGCUUGGAGGAGAAGACCAAUCAGAUGGCUGCAACCAUUAAACAACUGGAACAGAGCGAAAAGGAUUUGGUGAAGCAGGCAAAGACCUUAAACAGUGCAGCAAAUAAACUGGUCCCCAAACACCACUAGGCAUUUUGCCCCGCGGUCACUCCCAACUCUGAAACCACAAUUAUAACUAUAAGGGGGGGGAUCCUGAGAAUUGUUCAAAUAUCGUCCCCCCCCACGGUCCCGAGUCAUCUAAAAUUGGCCUGGAAUUGGAGGGUUUUUCAAAUCAUUGGGGUAGGCGGGGUGGGUUUUCUUUCCCUUGUUUUUUCCAGAGCUAGAGAAUUGGGUGUGAACUCCCCCAUCGUUUUGCCAAAUACACUCCGUCAAGCCACGAUCGAAUUGGCCACCAAAUCAUCCCAGCAGAAAAAUCACGAGGCCCCCCUGCGAAGUCAGGGCCGGCUCCGGGGGCGCCCCGCUCCCUUUUCUGUCCCGUGUCCUCACCCCCUUCUCCCCCCGUGAAGUAGCGAUGAAGAAAAUCCAGCCCCGGUGUCCCCAAGAGUAGUGGUCUUUGUGUCCCGGAACGUUCCCCCGCCCGGGCCUCCGCCCGGUUCAGCCCCCGAACCCAAGCCCCACGGAAAUCUCUGCCCCCAACUCGGUCGUCACUGACUAAGACCGCUUGCAGCUCCUUUGCCUUAGUGACUGGAGUAAGGCGAAACGGCCCUUUGCAUUCCUCUCCGACCCAUAGAGACCAAGUAAGCGAGUAGGUGUCUUAGAAUAACCCGGUAGCAUGGUUACCACAGUGAAACCUCCUCCUCCUCCUCCUCUUCCUCCUCCUCCUCUUCCUCCUCCUCUUAUGCCGCCUUCUACCUCUGCCAACGUCCCGCCUCUGCCUCGUACGGCGACCGUCCGGCCCUCCUGGGCUCCUCUGGGAAAGGAGGCGGCUCGACCCCUUUCCGGACCGGCCCGCUCUCCCUUCCACCGCGGCCUGGGGGACGGGCCCGUCCUUGCCUCAGCGUAGCUAGCGAACGGCGGGCCGGAGACCGGCCGGCGGCCCGACGCCGGUUCCGUUGGCUUCUGGGUUUCUGUCGCUCUAGAGACCGGGCGCUUCGCAAACCUGGCAAACGGGCGAGAGACCGACUCAGUCUGAGGAAAGCGUUUUCAGCGGGGGUAGAGAGAGGGCGAGCGUCUAUCUCCCGAUCCGCACGAGGUUUUGAGACGUAAGGAGAGGGGGUUUCCAGCCGAAAUGGGAGAGGGCGUCCUCUUCCCGCCGGGGAUGAGUGGCUGGAGUGGCCGUCCUUCCCGGGCUUCGGGGGGUAGACGGCCCUAAGAGAGGUGAGACUUCAUCUGAGAGAAAUCCAGCACUUCGGUGCUCUGCCCAAAGCGAGCCCUCAGUAAAUACCGAGUGAUGGAUUUCGGAGGUGAGCUGGGUUUAGGCCUUCCGCUCUGUGUGGGGGGCAUCGGCAGGGGUCUCGUCUCACUCUUCCUCUCCCAGCUGGGUUCGGGAUGAGGCUCUUCCGCAGCCGGAAGGCGGAGAGAAAGACUGGGAGGGCUCCAGCAGGGGGUCCACGUAGCCCUUUCCGCAUCCGGAGAGGCUGGUGGCCGGGGCCUGUUGACGAGGCCCCGGCCGCCGUGGUCCCGUCCCGCCCUGAUGAGCCCACAAGUGGACCUAAGCGGGCAAAGGAUAAGUCGCUUGCUCUGAUCCAGCGUUCAGAGAGGAGCCGAGACCAUCGUAGGGGUCGCCAUCUCCCGAAAUGGCCUCAGGGCCCUUUCGCUUGGCUUUGAAUUUCUCUUGACCGGCGCUUUAAAGAAGUCCGAAUUACCCAGUGACGAUCUCACGCCCUGCCCUCGCCACCCCUCCCCAGACCGCAAACCCGGGGGCCCCGAUGGGUGCCUUCCCGGACCCCGUGACGUCUGGCCUCACGGAGAGAGGAGGCGUCGAGCGGGAGGCCCAGGAGUCGGGACGUGACUCUCGGGUUCCCCCGGACCUCAGACAAGUCCCGGAGUUGAGGCGUGGCUCCCGUAUUCUCCGGGGCCUCGGAGAGGGCCGAGGCUCCAGCACUUCCACUGGAAGGCUGAAGGAAGAGGAGGAGGAGGAGGUGGAGGAGGAGGCUCAGUUGCCUGGCAGGGUCCUUCUGGGGGAGGUGGGCAGCCCCCCCCCCGGCCCGAGAGGCCAGUCCCUGAGGGGGGCGACGGGCGGAAGCGGCGGAAUGCUAGCGCCGGCCCCCGCCCCCGGACCUGACAGUGAAGGGCAACCCCGCCCCUACACAAGCCCCGGCGACACGUUAAAGCUGAAAUGUAACCAACAGAUCAGAAAACAGAAGCCAGACAGAUCCGACUUUAAAUUCCGUGCGCGUGGUAAGGAAUUAACAGCGACCACAACGAAGAAGUGACGUUUUAUUGUUUAUCAUCUAAUGGCUGUAAACUGUAGUACUAGAAUAAAAAAACCUGGAAAACAA